AAAAAAAAAAAAGAAAAAGAAAAAUUUGUUGCUUGUAAUCCACUCAUGCGUAUUAGCCUCUCCCCUCACUCUUUCUCAAACAUUUGUGAUUACGUGAGAGGGAGAGAGAGUGAAGUUAAAAAUAGCCAUAGAAGAGGCAGAGAGGAGAAAGAAGUGAUGGCAACCCUUGUGACCACUCCAUCUUCGCUUACAAACCUAAAGCGUCUCCAUGUUCAAGGAAAGGCGAAGUUUCGUCUUCUUCCUCCCCAAAACCGGAAGUUAAGGGAAUUCAUGGUCCGUGCAGCAAAACUCCCUUCUGGGGUGGAGAUUCCCAAGAUUGAGCCGAAGCUCACCGAGCCCUUUCUCGGAUUCACCAACACCGCUGAGAUUUGGAACUCUAGGGCUUGCAUGAUUGGCAUCGUGGGUACCUUCCUCGUUGAACUGAUUUUUCAUAGGGGAAUUCUUCAAUUGAUUGGUGUGGAUGUGGGCAAAGGGCUUAAUCUUCCUCUUUGAUGCUGCUCUUGUUAAUUUUGCAGUAUUCCUUGUGCACUUAAUCACUGAAUAAAAGUAAUAAAUGAAUAAAGCUUCAGCUCUGUUUUAUAAGAAGGUGAUGCGGAAGUUUGGUUUUGUUCUGUAACAGUUAGCAAUGGCUUUCUAUGGAACAAAAGGAUGUUUUUUUAUUAUGGUUUUCAAUUUCAGCUCAAAUUCAUUGAUUCAGGAUGCAAAUGUGGAGUAUAACGAAUACAAUAUCUUCCACAUGUUCUGCAAUUGUUUGGCUGAUUUUAACAGAAGGGGGCAUUUACAUACAUAUCACC